AUGGCUUGGGAUGCAUGCGUCGAUCUUGGCACAAUCAAGGUCUCGAGUGAUCCAGACGCGAAGUUUAUGCUUGCCGUCCGGACUUCGGCAUCACUGUCUUUGCCAGAUGACCAAGAAGACAUCUCAGCAGCCGAGCUGCGCCAUCUAGUCAGAUCUGGGUCCAUAUGGGUCACUCGAGGUGCGCCCUGCGAGUUCCAGCUGAGUAUCGGCUUUGCGAGCCCUCUCGACGGCGGCUUGCAAGAGGAUCUGGAACAUGUCAUCAUCCGAGCUCUCGAGUCUCUUUCUAACGCAGUCGAGGACAAGAUCCAGGUCGAAGAAAUGGCCAGAUCCGAAGCGACGAGGAUCACGACUCUGCCACCGCAUACCCAACAAUUCCGAGAUUUUCGAAGAAAUCCUCCACGGAAAGCUCGAGGAGCCACCAGAGACCAGCGAGAUAUUCCAAUAUACGACCUUGGAUCGAACCUCCAGAAGGAUAAGCUGGGGUCUCUGACGCACGCAGCGUUAAGUCUAUUGCUCGGCUCCAGGAAAAGAUUUGAUGGUAUUCGUUGCAUAAGGCCAAGGGAUUGCGUGACGCUCCUUGAUAUCGCUCCAGCUGUUUGGAGUGCCCACUACUUUCAGGAAAUUGCGGCCCGGGUCCAGUUGGCACCUCUGAUCUCGUCAGCCCUUGGGAAUAUGCUCAACUCGAAAUCGACCCGACUUCGACAGAUAGUGCAGACUCUGGCAUCUGAUCCCAUAGCAGAGCUUCGCAAAAAGACGCUGCUACUCAUUCUGCGGUCUACACCUGCGCGUAUCCCCAAUACUCACCAACCCGAGCGCAUACAGAGCAACGAUCUCCCACGAGGCUCUUUUGAGGUGGCAAUACUCGACAGCCAAGCAUGCGAAGGUUCAAUUCUGCUCCGGACAGAGCCUACUUCAGCAGUCGAGACACACGGAGGCGUAAACGCCACUCGAGCCAGGUCCAAGCCGAUAUCAAGCUCACGGCCCAAGCUGAAGGUCGCAGAUCGCCCCGAGUGGGCAUUCACUCUCAAGGAUGGGCGAGACGACAACCGCAAGAGCUCAUUGGCCCGAGCGUAG